UCACUCUGCGAGCUGGAACAGGAGAAGGCGGGCAGUCCAGUAAGGAGACUAAUCACUGGGGCUCAUAAGGAGGGGGCCAGUGGAGAGGCUGUCCGCCACUGCUGUAUGCCUGACCAUACAGCUGCUCUUUGUCCUCUCUCUCUCUCUCUCUCUCUGUCUUUAUCUCUCUCUCUCUCUCUCUCCCUCUCUCUCUCUCUGUCUUUAUCUCUCUCUGUCUCUCUGGCUCUCUCUCUCACUCGUCUGUCAGUCUGUUGACUCUCACCAUGGAACCCAACAGCCCCAAGAAGAUCCAGUUCGCCGUCCCGCUCUUCCAGAGCCAUUUGGACCCUCAGGCAGCAGAACAUAUACGCAAGCGGAGGCCCACUCCAGCAACCCUAGUCAUCUAUAAUGACCCCAGCGCUUCAGCAGAUGAUAAGCAGUCAGCGAGCAGUCAGGCAGAGACCCAGUCUGCCCAACUGUCUCCGGCCCAGAGGAAGACCAGCGUCUACACGCCUCCCACCAUGAGAGGCAGGGAACACUCCGACUCACAGAGAUCUGGCCAGGAGGAGAGUCUUCACCCUCAAAAGCUCUCCACACUUUCGGAGGAGCCGGCGGACGUCCUGCCCCGGCGCAAAGUCACACCUUACCAACAGCAGCCGCCGUUCACCACAGGAGUGCAGCUGAUGAAGGGCCAGGUGGAGUCUUCCUCUGCACUGCAGGAGGAUGAGGAGAGCUGCGGUGAGGGGAGAGAGGCGCAGGCCGAGUAACAAAUGAAUUCAUUUUUAAGGAAAUGAUUGAAAACGUUUUAUUAUUCACGACUCCUGUUUUUGUCCUUUUUGGCCCACUGAGUGUUCAAUUUGGUUAUGGGCGUUUAUUUUUCUCCAAUUUGAUUUUCUUUUAUUAUUUUUAGCGCUUGUUUCUUUAUGUUCACUUUUCAUUGUUGUUUUUUUUUUGUUCUUCUCAUAUUUUCUGAUUUUAUAUUCCUGUAAAUCAGAGGUGAGGACGAGAGACUAGAUGCCACAGCUAUGCAUCACAGCAAUACAGUAAAGAAAUGAAACAGUGAAGAUCUAUGAUGAUUAGACUAUUUUUGGCCAGUGUUCAGAAUGAUCCGUGGCAGAUGCAGUAUUUUUGUAGUCCUGGCUGUUUUGUAUUGAGAAGAAGCUGCAGCUCGAGGCAGAUUUAAAGCUCCAUAUCUACACCAGCAUGGCCUUUUACACUACGUUAGAUCACUUUAUAAUCCAAAAA